AUAAUGUCAAUAAACAUUAAUUAGAGGCAGAGACGUUUCAGCUCUGAACUCUGAUGAAUUAGAAAGGCAUUAUACACGAAACCCUUGAUCAUAAUCUUUGAGUCAAAAAGCCAUGAAACCUUCUACUUACUUGGAUUAUGUCUGCUCUCUAGCUUGCAUUAUCUUGUUUCUUCAGUUGGUUUCAUCACCAAAACUUGCUUCUGCUGAUUCUACACAAGCAGAGGCACUUCUCAAAUGGAAAGCCAGCUUUCUGAAUCAAAUCGGGAAUAAAAAUCUCACCUUGUGGACUUCCCUCCCCGGUAACUCCACAAAUUCAUCAAGUGCAUGCAAUGUUUGGGCCGGUAUUUCAUGCAAUGCUGCCGGAAGUGUCAACCAGAUAAACCUUACCGACUCUGGUAUAAAAGACUUUGGCACUACCAAGCUUUUAAAUCCAGGCUCAUCAAAUUGGACAACCCCUGCAGGAACAUAUGGAUAUGUAGUCCCAGAGCUCGCUUUCACGAUGAAGGUAACUGAGAAAUGUGAUGUUUAUAGCUUUGGAUUGCUGGCACUGGAAGUCCUAAUAGGGAAGCAUCUGGGUGAUUUGGUCUCCUCAUUUCCGAAUCCUUCAGCAAAUGAAAACAUGUCACUGAUGGAUUUGUUGGACCAACGGCUUCCCCCUCCGACACCUGAUGUUGAGAAUGAACUGAUAACCAUUGCAAGACUAGCAAUCGAGUGCAGACAUUCCCAUCCACAAUCAAGGCCAACAAUGCAAAUGGUUUCUCAGGUGCUAUCAUCCCAAAAUGCAUAUUUCUACAAAUAGCAGGACAUUGCACUUGAAUCAAUCAUUAAGAACUGAUAUUUGCAUGUCUUUCCAUACAACUCGUAAUAGUAAGAAUAGAUGAUCUUGUUUAUAUCAUAUUUAGGUUCCUUUUCAAAAGUAGCUAUCCAUGUAUAUUGUUUUCAGAAAUAUUACAGUCUUGCACUACUCUUUUAUACAAUGUAUGCAUUUUGAGGGUUUUCUUUUGGCAACAAG